AUGGUGCUUGGAUACUUGGUCAGAAAAAACUGCUCUACAGAACUCUCAACAGAGAAGAAUGUGCUGAGAAAUGUGAAGCUGAACAAGAAUUCACCUGCAGAACAACAAUGUAUUACAUUAGCUGACAACAGCAGAACAACAGUGAUGUUCAGAAGGUCAGACGUAGUUCUCUUUGAAAAAAGAAUUUAUCUUCUUGAAUGCCAGACUGGAAAUGGACAGGACUAUAGAGGAACUGAAUCUAAAACUCAAAACAACAUAACAUGCCAAAAAUGGGCAGAGAGGAGCCCUCACAUACCCAACUAUUCACCUGCUACUCAUCCUGAAGCUGGAUUAGAAGAAAACUACUGCAGAAACCCUGAUAAUGACGAGAAAGGUCCCUGGUGCUACACAACAGACCGCGGAACCAGAUUUGACUAUUGUAACAUCCCAGAAUGUGAAGAGAUGUGUAUGCACUGCAGUGGGGAAAACUAUCAAGGCAAAAUCUCCCAAACAGAAUCUGGAAUUGAAUGCCAGGCCUGGGAUUCUCAAGAUCCUCACACUCAUGGAUACUACCCUUCAACUUUUCCAGAAAAGAAUCUGAAGAAGAAUUAUUGCCGUAAUCCGGAUGGUGAGCCUCGUCCUUGGUGCUUCACCACCAGUGUGACUAAACGCUGGGAAUUUUGUAACAUUCCACGUUGCGCUACACCCCCACCAACAUCGGGCUCAGGGCGCCAGUGCCUUGAGGGAAGAGGGAAGGACUAUCGAGGCACAGUAGCUGUUACAGUAUCAGGAACUAAAUGCCAAGCCUGGAGUGCCCAAGAACCUCAGAAACACAGCAGAACUCCUGAGAACUAUCCUUGCAAAAGUUUAGAUGGAAACUAUUGUAGAAACCCUGACGGAGAGACCUCGCCCUGGUGCUACACUACAGAUCCCACCAAACGAUGGGAAUACUGCACUAUUCCUAAGUGUGAUAGCACUGCAGUGGCUACUGAAAUAGUUCCCGCUGUUCUUCCUGCGCAAGCAGCAGUUGUUGAAGACUGCUAUGAAGGCACUGGCGUAACUUACCGGGGUACAAUGUCAUCAACCAUCACGGGAAAGAAGUGUCAAGCCUGGAGCUCUAUGAUACCUCAUCGUCAUACUAAAACCCCAUCUGCAUUUCCACAAGCGGACCUUAGGAGAAACUAUUGCAGAAAUCCAGAUGGUGAUACAGCCCCCUGGUGUUUUACUACUGAUCCCAGUACCAGAUGGGAGUUUUGCAACCUACAGAAAUGUACCAGACCAGCACAGCAACAACUUCAGACGACAAUGACACCAAACCUUGGUAUGGCUUCUCCCCCCAAUGCAGACUGCAAGACUGGUAAUGGUAAAGAGUACCGUGGAAAUAUUGCACAAACAAAAGGUGGCAAAACUUGUCAAGAAUGGAGUUCACAGACACCUCAUAAGCAUCGGGAUUUCACACCACAAACUCACCCAAAUUCAGGCCUGGAAAGAAAUUAUUGCAGAAAUCCAGAUGGUGAUAUUAACGGUCCUUGGUGCUAUACCACAGACCCAGCAAAAACGUGGGACUACUGUGACAUCCCAUAUUGCCCUUCUCCUCAAUAUGAAUGUGGGAAAGCUAAAUUUGAACCAAAUCGGUGUUUUGCAAGGAUUGUUGGUGGGUGUGUUUCUAAACCUCAUUCUUGGCCAUGGCAGAUCAGUCUCAGAACAAGUUUCAAUUUGCACUUCUGUGGAGGCACUUUGAUAGAUCCACAGUGGGUUCUGACAGCCACUCACUGCCUAGAAAGGUCACCAAGAGCUUCUGCUUACAAAGUGGUAGUUGGAUUACACAGGGAGAGGGCUACAGAGACAUCGGUACAAAGCUGUGAUGUUGAAAAGUUGUUCAAGGAACCAAGUGGGGCAGACAUUGCCUUGCUGAAGCUGAAGAGCCCUGUUCAGCUCACCGAUCAGGUAAUCCCUGCAUGUUUGCCUGCAGUCAAUACCAUGGUAGCAGACAGAGCAGAAUGUUUUGUGACAGGAUGGGGUGAAACAAAAGGAACCGGUGGAGACGGCAUUCUGAAGGAGACGGGCUUCCCUGUAAUUGAAAAUAAAGUGUGUAAUCGGCCUGAAUUUCUGAAUGGCAGAGUGAGAACCACUGAACUCUGUGCUGGUAAUAUUGAUGGCGGUACUGAUAGUUGUCAGGGUGACAGCGGAGGGCCUCUGGUCUGUGAAGAGCAAGGAAAAUAUAUCCUGCAGGGAGUUACCUCCUGGGGUCUUGGGUGUGCCCAGCCCAUGAAGCCUGGAGUUUAUGUGCGAGUAUCUAGGUUUAUUCCAUGGAUUGAAAGAAUAAUGAAUGAAAACUCAUGAUUUCCUGUUGAAAGCAACAUGUACAAAAAGAGAGGUUCUUCUGGUUGCAAUGUUAUUAAAAAAAAUCACAUGGAAGGAAAAUAAAUAUGUAAAUCCUGUAAGCUACACAACCAGAUUGCCUUGUUUUUGGUGCCUUCUUUCAACAUGUUUUGUAUUCUUCAAAACAUACACAUCUC